UUUUUUUUUGAAAAAUUAUCAUUUUGUUUUGUUUAAUUUUUGUUCAGUUUUGCAUUAAGAAUUCCCCAUAAUAUAACAUUUAAAAAUGCAAAAACUUAUUUGCGUGUUUAUUGUAUAUUUUGCCAUUGGAUUUGCAGCAGAUAGAAAAGGUGAGAUAACAUAUGGACGUGUUUUCAAAGGAAAACCAAUUCCUGGUGUAACAAUAAAAUCAAGUAAAGACAAAAGUGUAAUUACAUGGAAUGAACUCGUUAAUGCAACAAACAAUCCAUUAAGAGCUACAAUUUAUAUUAAAUAUACAAGCAGAAAUAAAAGUGAUAUGGCUAAUAUUCAAAAUCUGUGUGGUACUUAUGAAACAUCUUCAUUUAAACACAGGGCCCAGUUAUUCAUUUUGAAAACUAUCGCUAAUGUCAAAACUUGUCCAAUCGAGAAGGGUACAAAAAUCACAUUAAUAAGUAAACAUUAUACCUAUUUGUAUUCCACCGUUGACAAUGAUUUAUGUGGACCAUUUCGAAUGGAAGUAAAAGUGUUUAGAAAAAAUGAUAAAUUAAUUCCAAUAAUAUUGGGCUAUUUUCAAGGGAAUAUCACAGGCUGUUAAGAGAUUUUCUGGGAAAAGAUAUAUAUAUAUAUAUAUAAUUCAACUAUCAUAAACCAAAGUUAUAUGAAAGUUAACCAAAUUAAGGAAUCGGAUGCAAUAACUGACUGUAAAGUAAAUAUACCAAUGGGACUUGUAACUCAUUCUAUUGUCUACUUUUGAAGGUAAUAAAGCGACAAUUGAUAGGCAUUUUAUGAUCCUUAAAGAAAAGUAUCCUAUAGAAUGGGAGAGAGAGAGAGAGUACAGUGAGGGUCUUUCUAUUGUUAACACAAGUUUGAUUUUAUUGGAAUUUGAAAUUAAAAUAAAUGAAUUACGUGCGCAAAUAAUUAAAAUUAAACAAUCCUUAAUUGCGAGGAGGAAUUUACUAGUAAAAAUUGUGUACACUUGACUACAACUACACAUAUUAUUAUUAUUACCUUAGUAUUACACUUUUUAAAAGUAUUACAUACUACUACCAAAAUAUUACUGUAUUACAAGGUAUUACACAUAUAUUACUGAGUAUUACCUUUUAUUACAAAAAAUAUUACACGUCAAAUAGCGCUUUCUUAUACGUAGAACUUUUAAUAAAACUAGCCACAAUAUUAUAGGUUCGCAACUAAUAAUUUAAAAAACAACAAUAAAUAAUAAAAAAAGCGGAAAAAAAUAAAAAAAAAUUGUUUUUAUGUAAAUUUUUAAAAAUAGAGUAAUUUUAUAGGUAUAUAUAUACAAAAAUUCGUAAAAAAUUGCAUAAAAUUGCAAAAUAACCCUUUUUUCGGGUUAAAAUUGAAAAAACAUGUUACCAAAAAAAGUAUGUAAGAUUUUCUAAAAGCAUAUGGCAAAGUAUUUUGAAUUAUUUGAAAAUAAGUGAAAAUAGAUUUUCCAAGGACGGUGUCGAGAUCACGGUGUCGGUGUCGCUUUUGGAAACUUGUUAACUUAAUAUAAUACAAGAUUAUUAUUAAGAGCAAAACUUUAAGAGAAGAAAUAGAGAAAUAAAUAAUUAAAUAUUUUUAAAUAUUAGGGUAAGUGCAUCAAUUACGGCGCGUUCA